UCAGGCUCUCUCUCCCUCUUAUCAGAAACAGAGUAGAUAAAAGAAAAUGGCAGUGUCUACAACCACCGCUCUAUCCAUCGGCGGCAACGUCUUCUCCGGCCAGCUACGGCGGAGGGAGCUUAACGAAUCCAAGCUCUUUCAAAAACCCAGAAGUCAUUUUCGGUGGUCAUGCCUUAAUGACCUCCAUUUGCUCCGCUUCAGAACCAAAACCUCGAACUUCAACCCAAGGGGAAGCUCGCUGCCUUCACUUUACGCCUACGGAAAAGAAGCUGACGAUGCCUAUCUCUCGAAUGUAAAUGAGGACACUGAUGAGAUGUUUGAUGAUUUGAUGAAAAAGUAUGGAGAAGUAGUAUUUAGAAAGAGUGACCGGAAGUCUCCGAGCGCUGAGCUUGAUGAUGAUGCCGAAAGCUUGUCUUUUGCUGUAGAAAUGGCCAAGGUUGCAAGUGAUGUGAAGGCUGGAGAUAUAAGGGUCCUCUUUGUGAAGCCUCUUGUGUAUUGGACUCGGUUUUUCAUCAUUGCCACAGCAUUUUCUCGUCCUCAGAUUGAUGCUAUUGGAUCCAGAAUAAGAGAUUUGGCUGAGAAGAAGUAUGGAAAAAUUCCCUCGGGAGAUACAAAACCAAACUCGUGGACACUUUUAGACUUCGGUGAUGUUGUUGUUCACAUAUUUCUUCCUCAACAAAGAGCAUUUUACAAUCUGGAAGAGUUUUAUGGGAACGCGACGCUCAUUGAGCUUCCUUCCGAAAACCAACCACCAUUUCACGCUCGAGAGUAACUGAUUCCGACGGAACCAAAAGCACCGACAUAUAGAACCCCGUUGUGAAAGUGCUUAUCUUUACCGGGGUACACUUAGCAUUACAUCCUCAUCACCUCAAAACCUUGAAGGGAGGCUUGAUCUGGGCUCACAGGGGGGGGGGGGGGGCACAGUUCCGUUUCCGGCAGCUAUCUUUUGCCGAUCAUACGGAAAAGUUGGAAUUAUCAUAUGUUUUGGUUGAUUCUAUUCUUCUUGGAUGAUGCUUUUAAGUAUUUAUGGCAUGUACCUCGAACAGAUGCAAGCUCUUACGCAAUGAGGCUUGUUGAGAUCUAAUCAAUGUGAAUGUAGGUUGGACUUAUAGGUUAAA